CGACUUGUGUUCCAGUACUACCGCUUGUCGACGGUCACUCUGAAUUUUUACCGCAGCGUGUGAACAUUGAAAGUAAGUUACCCCAAGAAAAAAUCGUCGGUGUUGCGGUUUUUCUUUGUCUCCCUGCCAAUUUCGUGUGACCCCCGAAACGAAAGUGCGACUCGCCGUGCGGUAAAGCAACAGCGAUCCAUAUCCAGAUCCAUAUAUAUCAGUUCAACUUAAUCCGCACCCACGACAAACAAAGCACCAUGAGCUGGCAAGAUUAUGUGGACAACCAACUCCUGGCCUCGCAGUGCGUGACCAAGGCGUGCAUCGCCGGCCACGACGGCAACAUUUGGGCGCAGUCCAGUGGCUUUGAGGUGACAAAAGAGGAGCUCUCCAAACUGAUCAGCGGCUUUGACCAGCAGGACGGUCUCACCAGCAACGGCGUGACACUCGCCGGCCAGCGGUACAUUUACCUUUCCGGCACAGACCGCGUGGUGCGCGCCAAGCUCGGCCGGAGCGGAGUGCACUGCAUGAAGACAACACAAGCCGUGAUCGUUUCCAUCUACGAGGAUCCCGUUCAGCCCCAGCAGGCCGCUUCCGUGGUAGAGAAACUUGGAGAUUAUCUGAUUACUUGCGGGUACUAGGAGAAUAGAUCAACACAAACACCCCCAUCAACCACAACAACAACAACACACACACACCAACAACUACAACUACAACAACAACAGCAGCAACAAAUUUGAUAAGAGCGAACCGUAAAUGAACUAAUAACACAUAAAAAGUAAUUAUUAAUAUUUAAAUUUAUGGGAAAAGAAAAACCAACGGCCAAGAAAGAAUUUGCGGUUUUUUGUGUGUAGCAGAGGAAAUGGAUCGAGUAAAAAUGCAUAUGCUUGAAAGAAAAAAAAAAUGUCAAAAAACGCAAAUAACUACCCAACUACAAAAAAAUUAUAAAUUUCUGCAUUAUUAUAUUUAAAACUUUUUGGUUUAUACGAUAAAAAUAAAAGGAAAACACAAAACUAUAAAACGCCCCAAUCAAUAGUUAAGAAUUCAGUCCUCAGCUUUGAACGAAAUUUACAAAAACAAAAAAAUCAUAAAAAAAAGAAUAAAACAAAAAAAAAUAAGAACAUGUAUUCGGCAACCUAAAUUGUAAGCGAAAAGAACUGCAAAUGCAACCAAACCAACCGAAAAUCGAAAAAUUAACAGAUUAACAACCGAGAACAACAACGCAAAGCAACGCAGGCAUUUUUUGGAACGAUUUUUUUGUAUAGCAAUAUUUACACAACCGAUACAGUUUAUGUAUACUCGUACAUAAAUCCACACGCAGGUUUUAUAUAGAAAGAGUGAAGUGAGUGAGAGAAGAUUUCGAUUUGACCGGAAAGGAAGGAGGGAUGCGAAGGGAACUGAGAGGAGAAGAAGGGCAGAGAUGGAGAGUAGCAACCAGUAUAAAUAAAUAUCUCUCAACAUAUAUAUUUAUAUACGUAAACUAUUUGGAGAUCCACGAUGCUCUAUUUUUAUAUAUGUGGUGGUGGAGGGACGAAGCCCAAAUGGAAGAAGAAUCGUGAAUUUUUAUACACAUAUGAAGUCGAGUGGGUUGAACUCCGAACGAUAUAUCCAAAACUGAAGUAUCAGAUGUGGUAGGUGUUCAUAUUCAGAUUCCGUUUUCCAUUGCCAGCCAGUCUAUAAGUAGGUGCCUCUCUCAUUCUCCGUUCGAUGUUUGCCAUUAUCCAUAUUCCAUCGACUGCACUAGGAUUACUCAUUCUGAUCCCGGGAAUCCGGUAUAUUUAUUGUCAUUAUCAGCAUUUUCCUAACGAUAGCGUAAUGAGUAGUUGGCCAUCGUUUGAUGGCUUCUACGUUUUAGCUAAACUCAAAUCUAAGGUCUUCUUUCGCGCUCUCACACAACCCCCCCAACCAUGUCUCUCGACCAGCUGCAUACCCUCGAUUCCCAGCCAACAGUCCCCGGUAAACAUUUUUCAUACGAGCUAGGGAGAACUUGAAAUGAAAACCGAAUGCAUAAAUCUAUGGAUAUAAAUCAUAUAAAAUACGAUACUUUAAUACUAUUAAAAUGAAAAGCGAGUGAGACAACCGAGUGUGCUCCUCACAAAAAGU